CACACACACGCGACCAAAGAAAAAUGUAAACAAAGGUGGGGAUAUCUGAGAAUCCAGCUUAUUCUAGCUAGCAAUAUAAUAACCACAAAACGGUAACAAAAUCUGCUCUGACGUUCGUUGACACUCUCAUCAUCAACUACUGCGCCCGUCCAAAAGAGAAAGAAAAAUGCCGAUCGUCUGGGAAGCUAUUGGAGCGUCGAUUCUACCAAAUAUAGGCGGAUGGGCCGCCACACCAUUUACCAUAAAGGCCACCAAGAGCUGGUACAAGACCCUGAACAGGCCACCGUGGGCUCCUCCUGACUGGGCUUUUGGUCCGGUUUGGACAGUCCUGUACACCGCAAUGGGAUUUGCCUCUUAUCUGGUGUGGAGGGACGGAGGCGGCUUCACUGGCCGUGGAAGGACAGCUUUGGCCCUCUACAUAGCUCAGCUCAUCCUGAACUGGGCCUGGGCGCCCAUUUUCUUUGGCCUCCACAGCAUUGGUGGAGGAUUGAUUGAUAUCGUCCUUCUGUAUGGAACAGCCGGAGUGGCGUCCAUUGCCAUGUUCAGAAUCAAUCGGACUGCUGGAUACCUGAUGGUGCCCUACAUGCUGUGGCUUUCACUGGCCACUGCCCUCAAUUACUACAUCUGGAGGAACAACCCUUCCACCGAAGAACAAGAUUUUCCUCUGGAACCUUAGUUAAUUAUUCUUUAAUGGCAGAUUAUUCAAGAUCUGAGAGGGCAGUUUUGUAAAAACAAAUACCCUUUUAUUUUUGAAUUAAAAUUAUAUAUUUUUUAUCAUAAUUA